CGGAUCCGCCCAGCCAGGCGUCACAGCACCGACAAGAUGGCCGAGAGUACGGGACGAAAGUGAGGGAGGAAACAAAAACACUGGCGAGCUAUCCCUGCCGCGGACGCCGGACCUGUUAGAGCUGCCGAAGGGGAAAGAUAACAGCUGGGUCGUCGGUUCGUUCAGGGCUCGGUUUCGUGGGUGACAUUUGCGUUAUGCGGGAAAACAGUGCUCUGAGCCAGCUCGCUGCUCGUUGGUCAGGGUGUCUGCGUUGGCUAGCAAGCUAGCGGGCUAACCAUGCUAGCUAGCUGACAACACCGUUAGCGAGAGAAGACGCUUUGAGAAAGUGACAGACAACCUAAUUUAAAAAGAAAAAAAAACAGCUGUUGCUAUUUCUUUGUUUCAUUUUUUUUUUUUAUCAAUUGUUGCAGCAGCACAACUUCCCCGAGUGAGAAAUCGGACUGAACGCACUAGUUAACGCCUAACCAGCUGGUUAGCAAACUAACAUUGCGGAUUUCUUGCUUGCAGCUUCAGACUUAGCACUAGCACUCGUCUGUUAGCUUGCUCAGCUGUUUUUUUGGAUGACUUGGGGUUGUUCCGACACAGGAAAGACUCACCAGUCUGUGUGGAAGGACAUUUUUCUCUGUGGAAAGACGCUUUUCUCUCUACAUAUAAGCGCCUGAGACGGUCCACAGUAGGCCUGUGUGAGCAGGUGUCCUGGAGGAUUGCUAACAUUAACGGUCUCACAGCUGGGACUGUAAACACAAGUCAAGCCGAGGAGGUCUCAGCGUUGUCAGACAAAUCCAGUCAGCAUCACCAUGGCCCAUUCUCCUGUUCAGGGCAACCUGCCGGGGAUGCAGAAUGCCAAAGCUGAUCCGGAGGAGCUGUUCACCAAGCUGGAGCGAAUUGGCAAGGGUUCGUUUGGCGAGGUGUUCAAAGGCAUCGACAAUCGGACCCAGAAAGUAGUCGCCAUCAAGAUCAUAGACCUGGAGGAAGCGGAGGAUGAGAUCGAAGACAUUCAGCAGGAGAUCACGGUGCUGAGCCAGUGUGACAGCCCCUUUGUGACCAAGUACUACGGCUCAUACCUGAAGGACACAAAGUUAUGGAUCAUUAUGGAGUAUUUAGGUGGAGGCUCGGCGUUAGAUUUGAUGGAGCCCGGAGCUCUGGAUGAGACCCAGAUUGCCACGAUCCUGAGAGAGAUCCUCAAGGGCCUGGAGUAUCUGCACUCUGAGAAGAAGAUCCACAGGGAUAUCAAAGCCGCCAACGUGCUGCUGUCCGAGCAAGGAGAGGUGAAGCUGGCAGAUUUCGGCGUGGCGGGACAGCUCACCGACACUCAGAUCAAGCGCAACACCUUUGUUGGCACGCCCUUCUGGAUGGCCCCCGAGGUCAUCAAACAGUCGGCCUAUGACUCUAAGGCUGAUAUCUGGUCUCUGGGCAUCACAGCCAUCGAGCUGGCGAAAGGUGAGCCACCCCACUCGGAGCUCCAUCCCAUGAAGGUUUUAUUCCUCAUCCCAAAGAACAACCCGCCCACACUGGAGGGCAACUACAGCAAACCGCUCAAGGAGUUUGUCGAGGCCUGUCUCAACAAAGAGCCCAGUUUUAGGCCAACUGCCAAAGAGCUGUUGAAGCAUAAGCUGAUCGUUCGCCAUGCGAAAAAGACUUCCUACCUGACCGAGCUGGUGGACAAGUACAAGAGGUGGAAGGCAGAGCAGACUAGAAUCACAGAGUCCAGUUCUGAUGAGUCUGACUCAGAGCAGGACGGCCAGGCGUCGGGCGGGAACGACUUUGGCAGCGAUGACUGGAUCUUCACCAUUCGAGAGAAGGACCCCAAGAAGCUGCAGAACGGGGAGGGACAGUCGGGGGCAGCAGACCAGACUAAAGACAUUCCAAAGAGGCCUUAUUCACAGAGCUUGGCCACAGUCAUCUCUCCUGCAUUAGCUGAGCUGAAGGCAAGACAGGAGCAGGUGAAUGGGAACCCCAUGGUCCUGGAUGAGCUGAGGGAGGCCAUCCUGCUGGCUGAGGAGGCCUUCCCCGGCAUCUCCGAUUCCCUAGUGGCUCACAUGGUCCACAGGCUCCAGAGUUUCUCCACAAGCAGGAUGUCCUCCUCCUCCCCCUAGUAACAGGGAAUCUGCCCCAGCCCUGAGCUCCCAGGCCCCCACCCCCCCACCCCCACCCCCGACAACACAGCCAGGUCGGAGGGUAAAAAGCCAGGGGUCAAGUUAUUUAAUAUCAGUGACCAUGUUUGACCUCUCCUGUGGAGCGGGGGGGGGUGCUAACUUAGCCUAUAAAAAUUACUGAACUCCAAAGCAGAGGACAACAGAGAAACUCUUGAGAGCUUCUUUUGCCACUUAUAAGAGGAGAAGUUCGGGGGGGAGCAGAACCCAUGGCAUCGUCUCGUGAUGGGACUCAAAGUCAGAGCAACACCAUGGAGUCUCUAUAUGGAAUUUGCUCGACAGAGAGCUGAAAAUCCCCCUGUCCCUCUCUUAAUGCAGGCGUCAUAUCCCCAGAACCUCUGAAAGCAUGCGUGAUGAACCUGCAGGGAUAUUAUCUUGUUGUGCAAGCUGCGUGUGCGCGUGCUUAAAUGCACAACACUUGUGUGGGCGCCUGCGAGCGUGUUUGUGCGUGUGUCUGUGUGUGCACGUGUGCUGUCGCGUAUGUAAGACUCCCUGUUAAGGCAAAUUGCAGCAUUCUUAAUGAAACCUCAGGUAAAGUGCUUUAAGUGGACUUUGUCCUUCCGAGGCAGAGGGAGGAGGAGCGGGGGGGGGGGGGGUCGCCAUGCUGUACAUGAUUUCAAGUUGUCAUUGCGGGAAAUGAAUCACUGUGUACAAAAUGGUCAUGCGCAUUUUGUAGAUAUUGAUAAUGUUUAAAAGUAGAUAUUUAAAAGUUACUCCAACAGAACAGAAAAUGCCUUGCCUUUUUGAGAUACAUACAUCUAUGUUCAGGCAUUUCAUCUGAGGUAUAGUUUGUUUUCUUUUAUUUGUUGGUGCGUGAAAUUCAGUUCAGUAUUCAUCAGUGUUUUGUUUUUUUCUCUCUAAGUGACUGAGUUCCAAUCUCCAUUUCAAUCACCUGCUGAAUCGUCAGACUAACUAUGAUACUAAGCUUACUUUGUUUAGAGGCAGACGCGUUUCCUUUGCUUUUGAAGUCGGGAGGGGACUCCAACCUGUACUUAUAUUUAGGCAAUUUAAGUCAGUUGUGAAAUUGUUUAGGACAAGAAUGAAGAUAGAUCCGUGUCGGCAGUGGCUCUUAAACAAGAAUAACAAUAUUUAAUGGAGCCAAGGACGAUAACAAGGGGGAACCACUAUGGGCGGUUGAUACUGAUAUCAUGUGAAGUAUUAUUUUUCCUUGGCUUGUAAUUUAUCUUUAGCACUACUUAAAAACUAAAGUGGAUGUGAGGAAUAACUGGAAAGGACCAUCAUAGGCAAUCGCAUCAUGACACUUGCUCAUGGCCAAACUAAACCAUAGAUCAAGCCAAGCUGCAGAAAUCAAUGCCAUCCUUAUGUCCUCACUCCAGUCCAUUUUUGUUCUCACUACCACACCAUGCUAGAAGUGCCAUGUCCUCCUUUAUGCUUUCACCAGAUUUUUGUAGUAUGAUUUGCACCUUUUUGUUUUUUAAAUUUCCGAUCAGUUUGGGGGUUUUUGCACUUUGAAAGUGUGUCAAGUAUUUAAAGAAACCUGUAAGAGGAACAACAACAACAAAAAAAACUAAAUGAAAAAAAGUUGCUAAUAGCCAUGUUUUACUAUAUAUGUUUACUUUAAGAGUUCCAGAAUUUACUACUGUGCUAAUGCAGCAAUAAUGUUGGGGAGAUGCAUCAUGACGCACUUGUCAACACAGGGAUUGAAAGAAAUUAAGAAAUAGCUGAUAUUUUUAUAACUGCAAAGAAAUAAGUAUGGAAAUAUGGAAUGCUUUAUGGAUAUGGGCAAAAAAAUAUCUAUACCUUACAGAAAAACAUAUGCUACGGAAAUAACUACAAAAUGUGUACAUUUGGUCUCCUUUAUCAUAGCGGACAGUUUAUAGUACUGUAUAUAAUCUUUGCUUGUGUCAUUUGAGAAUCCCCAAGUUAAAUGUAAGCUCCUUGUAAGCUUUCAAAGUGACAUGAGAAAUAAAGAUCUAAUGCUAACAGAGAA